AUGGGGUUCAGGCAAGCGUCUGCAGUGCUGCUGUUGGUCGUGGCUGUUGGCUGUGUAAGUGAUGCGUUGGACUCCAGGUGGUUAUAUCCGAGAUUGGGGUUUCUGCAUGACGAUGAAGUUUCAGCCCAGUUUGACUCUCAGAAGCCAGUGCAAGAAGAGCCUGUGGGAGAGGACCCUGGUGACCCUGUGGGACAAGAACCUAGCAAGCCUGUGGGGCAAGAGCCCAGCGUCGAGCCCGUGGGACAGGAAACUAGCCAGGAUGAAGACCCUGAGAACUUACAGUCCAAGCAGACAUUUGAGAACCCUCUGACUUGGCUCUAUCCUACGCUUGAGAAGCAUGAGCGCAAUUCUACAGUGUUUGAGCGGCUAAAGCAGGUGGCAGCCAACGGUGUGGUGGCUCGGUGUGGGAAAAGUGUGGUCCGUGUGGAGGUGAAGCAGGAACUUCUGGGGAUUGGCCGGCUCAUCCAGCCAGAGCGUCUCACUCUAGGAGGCUGUGCUGCCAUUGAGGAGGAUGCUGAAGCUCUUGUGCUGACCUUUGAAUCAGAGCUGCAUGGCUGUGGCAGUGAGAUGACGAUGACUGAGGAUGUGCUGAUCUACACCUUCACUCUUGUCUAUGAGCAAGAACCUGUUGCUAACAUUUCUAUAUUGAAGACCAGUAAAGCUAUGGUUGAUAUUGAGUGCCACUACUUGAGGAUUCAUGAUGUGAGCAGCAAUGCCCUGAAGUAUGCUGUAGAACCUAGCAAGCCUGUGGGCCAAGAACCUAGCCAGGUUGUUAUAAAGCCUGUGUUCCGGGAACUUAGCGAGCAUGUGGUAGAGCCUGUGGGCCGGGAACCUAGCGUAGAGCCUGUGGGCCGGGAACCUAGCGAGCAGCUUGUGGGCCGGGAUCCGGUUGGAAAGACUGUUGGACAGGAACCUAGUGAGCCUGUUGGUGGGCCUUUGGGCCAUGAAGCUGUUGGAGAGCAGCCUGUGGGCCGGGAACCUAGUGAGCAGCCUGUGGGCCGGGAACCUAGUGAGCAGCCUGUGGGCCGGGAACCUAGUGAGCAGCCUGUGGGCCGGGAACCUAGUGAGCAGCCUGUGGGCCGGGAACCUAGUGAGCAGCCUGUGGGCCGGGAACCUAGUGAGCAGCCUGUGGGCCGGGAACCUAGUGAGCAGCCUGUGGGCCAGGAUCCGGUUGGAAAGACUGUUGGACAGGAACCUAGUGAGUUUUUUGGCAAGCUUUUGGGUCUAGAAACUAGCGAGCCUGUAGGCCAGGAACCUAGCGUGCCUGUUGGAGAGCAUGUGGACCAGGAACCUAGCGUGCCUGUUGGUGAGCCGCCUGUGGGCCAGGAAGCUGGAGAGCCGCCUGUGGGCCAGGAACCAAGUGAGGUUUUGGGUAAUGAACUUAGCGAGCAUGUUGGUGAGCCUGUGGCCCAGGAACCUGUUGGAGAGCAGACUGUUGGCAAGCCUUUGGGUCAGGAACCUAGCGAGCAGCCUCCUAGCGAGCAGCCUGUGGGCCAGGAACCUAGCGAGCAGCCUGUGGGCCAGGAACCUAGCGAGCAGCCUGUGGGCCAGGAACCUAGCCAGGUUGUUAUAAAGCCUGUGUUCCGGGAACUUAGCGAGCAUGUGGUAGAGCCUGUGGGCCGGGAACCUAGCGUAGAGCCUGUGGGCCGUGAACCUAGCGAGCAGCUUGUGGGCCGGGAUCCGGUUGGAAAGACUGUUGGACAGGAACCUAGUGAGCCUGUUGGUGGGCCUUUGGGCCAUGAAGCUGUUGGAGAGCAGCCUGUGGGCCGGGAACCUAGUGAGCAGCCUGUGGGCCGGGAACCUAGUGAGCAGCCUGUGGGCCGGGAACCUAGUGAGCAGCCUGUGGGCCAGGAACCUAGUGAGCAGCCUGUGGGCCAGGAUCCGGUUGGAAAGACUGUUGGACAGGAACCUAGUGAGUUUGUUGGCAAGCUUUUGGGUCUAGAAACUAGCGAGCCUGUAGGCCAGGAACCUAGCGUGCCUGUUGGAGAGCAUGUGGACCAGGAACCUAGCGUGCCUAUUGGUGAGCCGCCUGUGGGCCAGGAAGCUGGAGAGCCGCCUGUGGGCCAGGAACCAAGUGAGGUUUUGGGUAAUGAACUUAGCGAGCAUGUUGGUGAGCCUGUGGCCCAGGAACCUGUUGGAGAGAAGACUGUUGGCAAGCCUUUGGGUCAGGAACCUAGCGAGCAGCCUGUGGGCCAGGAACCUAGCGAGCAGCCUGUGGGCCAGGAACCUAGCGAGCAGCCUGUGGGCCAGGAACCUAGCGAGCAGCCUGUGGGCCAGGAACCUAGCGAGCAGCCUGUGGGCCAGGAACCUAGCGAGCAGCCUGUGGGCCAAGAACCUGUAAAAGAGCAGCCUGUGGGCCAGGAACCUGUUGGCGAGCAGCCUGUGGCUUUGGAACCUGUGAGCCAGGAACGAAGUGAGAUUUUGGGUAAUGAACUAAGCGAGCAUGUUGGUGAGCCUGUGGGCCAAGAACCUAGUGAGCCUGUGGCCCAGGAACCGGUUGGAGAGCAGCCUGUGGCCCAGGAACCGGUUGGAGAGCAGCCUGUGGGCCAAGAACCUAGUGAGCAGCCUGUGGCCCAGGAACUUGUUGGCGAGCAGGCUGUGGCCCAUGAACCUAGCCAGCCUGUGGGCCAAGAGCCUGUUGGCCAGGAACCUAGUGAGCAGCCUGUUGGCCAGGAACUUGUUGGCGAGCAGCCUGUGGCCCAGGAACUUGUUGGCGAGCAGCCUGUGGCCCAGGAACUUGUUGGCGAGCAGCCUGUGGCCCAGGAACUUGUUGGCGAGCAGCCUGUGGCCCAGGAACUUGUUGGCGAGCAGGCUGUGGCCCAUGAACCUUUUGGCGAGCAGCCUGUGGGCCAGGAACCAAGUGAGAUUUUGGGUAAAAAACUUAGCGAGCAUGUUGACCCUGUGGGACAAGAACCUAGUGAGCCUGUGGCCCAGAAACCGGUUGGCGAGCAGCCUGUGGGCCAGGAUCCUGGAGGAGAGCCUGUGGGUAAAGAUCCUGGAGAGCCUUUGGGUGAUGAUCCUGGAGAGCAGCCUGUGGGCCAUGACCCUGUGGGCCAAGAACCUAGUGAGCCUGUGGGUCAGGAACCAAGUGAGAUUUUGGGUAAUGAGCUUAGCGAGUAUGUUGGAAAGCCUGUGGGCCAGGCACCUAGCGAGCAGCCUGUGGGCCAGGCACCUAGCGAGCAGCCUGUGGGCCAGGCACCUAGCGAGCAGCCUGUGGGCCAGGCACCUAGCGAGCAGCCUGUGGGCCAGGCGCCUAGCGAGCAGCCUGUGGGCCAGGCGCCUAGUGAGCAGCCUGUGGGCCAGGAGCCUAGUGAGCAGCCUGUGGGCCAGGAGCCUAGUGAGCAGCCUGUGGGCCAGGAGCCUAGUGAGCAGCCUGUGGGCCAGGAGCCUAGUGAGCAGCCUGUGGGCCAGGAGCCUAGUGAGCAGCCUGUGGGCCAGGAACCUGUUGGUGUGCCUUUGGGCCAGAAAUCUAGCCAGGAUGAAGACCCUGAGAGCUCCCAGUCCAAGCCGACUUCUGAGGACCCUUUGACUUGGCGCUAUCCUAAAGUUGCAAAGCCUGAGCACAAGCCUACUGUGUCUGAGCGGCUGAAGCAGGUGGCGGCCAACAGUGUGUUGGCUCAGUGUGGGGAAAGUGUGGUCCAUGUGCAGGUGAACCAGGACCUGCUGGGGAUUGGCCGGCUCAUCCAGCCGGAGCGUAUCACUCUCGGAGGUUGUGCUGCCACUGAGGAGGAUGCUGAAGCUCAUGUGCUCAUCUUUGAAUCAGAGCUGCAUGGCUGUGGCAGUGAGCUGACGAUGACUGAGGAUGUGCUGAUCUACACCUUCACUCUUGUCUAUGAGCCAAAACCUGUUGCUAACACUGCUAUAUUGAAGACCAGUGCAGCUAUUGUUGAUAUUGAGUGCCUCUACUUGAGGAAUCACGAUGUGAGCAGCAAAUACCUUAAGCCCACCUGGAUCCCCUACACUUCCAACAUGGUGGCAGAGGAACUCCUCUACUUCUCCCUGAGGUUAAUGACUGCUGACUGGCAGUUUGAGAGGCCCUCCAACCAUUACCGUCUAGGUGACAUCAUCAACAUGGAAGCCUCGGUCAUGCCGUACCACCACGUUCCCCUCCGUGUCUUUGUGGACCGCUGUGUCGCUACCUUGGCGCCUGAGGUUCACACUGUCCCUAGAUAUUCUUUCAUUGAGGACCAUGGGUGUCUGGUUGAUGCCAAGUUGACCGGCUCCAGCUCCCAGUUCCUGUCCAGAUCCCAGGAUGACAAGAUCCAGUUUCAGCUGGAGUCCUUCAGGUUCCAAACACAGAAUGAUUCCCAACAGCUCUACAUAACAUGUCAUCUGAAAGCAACUGCAGCCUCGUCCCCCAUUGAUGCUGAGAACAAGGCCUGCUCUUUCACAGAUGGCUGGAAGGCUGCAGGUGGGGAUGACCAGGUUUGUGGCUGCUGUGACUCCAGCUGUGUUGCAAGCAAGGCUAGAGAUCUGGACAGUGAUUCAGAUGUGCAGAAGGAAGGUGAAGCUACCAUGGGCCCUAUCAUGGUCCAAGAGUAAUAUUACAAGAAUGCUGCCUUUUUUAAAAACUGUUUUGAGGAGAAUAAACCUAUUACAUUACAAAGUUCACAUCUGACGGGAUUUAAUUGGAAUGUAAAAUUCAUGAAUGUGUAGCUGACCACUUUCAUUCCCAGAACUUUCAUGAGCUACAUUUCUCAGGUUUGUAACAUUGCUACUGAAUUGUUCCCUUGGGCCCCAUCAAUUUCCAGGAGUGAUUUGUCAAUUGACUACUUGAUUUUUUGGGGAAAAUAAACAUUUAAAGUGUCUGGA